AAAAGUGAUAGUAUAAUCUGAAACCACUGUUUUGCUGGACGGGGAUAGAGCAGUAGCAUAAAUUGACUUUGAAUAUGACGAAGGUGCAUUUGUUGAACAAUUCACGGAAAAACUGGGAUAAUUGGGGCCAAAACAUCCCGUUAUAUAGGGAAAUGUUUGUGUCGCAAAAUAAGCGUAGUUACCAAUUGAAUCGUAGAACAUACCGCUGAUUAUAUUCUAUUGAUGAAUUGAAAUUUUUUGAUACUCUUGAUGAAUCAGAUGAAAUUUUAUGUUAUGGAAAAGAAUUAAAUUAUACUUUGGGAUCAUCUAGAUCUUUAGAUGGUAGAAAAAUUCGUUAGGAAUUCCAUUUUUAUUAAUGACAUUAAUAUUUUGUGAUGAACAAAUUUGUAUUAUUCUAAAAGCGGCUUCUAAACGCGAUGAUUGUUCUGUUGCUUAUCACGAAAAUUUUAGACCAAAUAGUGGAAUUGGAGGGGGAAGUUCUAUUAUACGUUUUGUUAAACAUGAAUUUUUUCAUAAGAAUAUUCAGCCUAUUCUUGCUAAAAAGAAUUGUGAAACUUUAUGGGAAAAAGUCAAUGUAAAAAAUACGAAGAUCAUCGGUGAAAAUGGUGAAAAUUAUGGAAAUUAUGAAGAUUUCAUACAGAAAAAGUGUUUAAAAAAAGACAUUGCUAUACCAUUUAAAGGAAAAGAUUUACCAUCAGAAAAUUCUGAAUUUAGUCAUCCAGAUGUGAUGAUUGGUUUUGCUAUAAGUUAUUUAUAUAGAGGAUUAAAUUUAAAACAAGUUAAAGACGGAUUAAUUAAGUUAAAAAAUGAUCCACAACAAGACAGAUAA